CUCACGCACUCAAUACGAAGCCUAUAUGGGAAGGUUCAGAUUGCUGGUACCGCGGUUCUCUGCCUUGGUGUGGCAACGAUUACUGACCGACGCAAUCGAAUUCCACCGUUUCUGCAGCCGGCUUUCAUUGGAUCACUCCUGGCCGUUAUUGGAAUGGCUUUCGCGCUAAAUGCAGGUUACGCGAUAAAUCCUGCUCGUGAUUUUGGUCCAAGACUCUUCACUCUUUGCGCUGGCUACGGUUGGAGAGUAUUCAGCUACCGCAGCUACAAGUGGUUUUGGAUCCCGAUCAUCUGUCCAAUGCUUGGAGCCCUUCUUGGAGCCUGGAUCUACGAGUUCUUCAUAGGAUUCCACAUUCCCGACGAUCCAGACACCACCUACAUUCACAAGGUGACCUUUCUCAGGUCUUUUGUAGUCUCUCUCCUAUACAGAUGGGUAUCGAGGUACGCCUAUGUAGUAGUAGCGGUCGUGUUGGUAGCGCUGCUCCACAAUAUAUGA